AUGAAGAAAACAGGGAAGAAAAGCAGGGUUCGACCCUCUGAAUUUGAUGGGGUGAUGGCUGUCCGAUCUGCAAAGACGGAAAACCAUAAUGAAAUGAGCGGGGACCAGUGGGGCGACACCCUCAAACAGCCACUUUGUGACCUCAGCAUGUAUUGUGGAAAACGUUGGGAAGGAUUCAAUCAAGAGAGCCAAUCCAAGUUCUACAAGGACAUCAACGAAUGUUCAGAUUGUUUAAGUUGUUGUCUUCCAAACAGAAAUAAUCGAAAACAUGAUGAAUCAACAGAAAACCCGAUUGAUGAUCUGCGUUACGAUGUCGCUGGUAAAUCACAAUUACAUCAACUAUUUCAAAGAUCGGAAAAUUCCGAUCAAAAUGCUGAACUAGACUUACAACAAGCAGAUGAAUUAAUUCAUUCUGUUGAAAACGUGAAUAUUCGGGAUCCGUAUGGAGAAACAGUCCUCCACAAGGCUGCAAGGAUGUGGCAUGUUGACGUAGCGUUAUUCCUGGUUAAGCAUAAAGCUGACGUAAAUGCUGCCAAUGAGAGUGGCUGCACACCUCUUCAUGUCGCUGCUGCAAUGAACUACACAGAAAUGGUGUCCCUACUCAUUAAAUAUGGAGCAAACAAAGAGGCGAUAACAACGGGAGAUAAACAGACACCCCUUUUCUUUGCUGCAAGAUACAACUGUUCUGAUGCGCUAGAUCGUCUAAUAGAUGAGGGCUGUUUAUUUGACGCAAUACAAGAUUACAAAGGCAGAUACCCUAUACAGUUAGCCGCCGAACAAGAUAGAAGCAUUACUACGCAUUUAUUACUGAGGAGAGGUGCACGGGCGUGGAUGAACCGGGACAACGUGCCAGGAUGCGGUACAAUUGAUUGGAUGAUAAUCAACAUGCCUGCCGUGGCAUUUGACGCACUAGAUUUAUUCCAUACCACUGACCGUACAAGCCGGCGCCAGAGCUUCUAUCUGUAUCAGCUAAUGGCAGAUGAUAAUAAAGAAUCAUUUAUUGAAUUGCCUUUACAAGUUGCUGUCAACAAACACCACUACAAUCUUCUUUCUCACCGUGUCUUCUCUACCCUUAUCAAUUACAUGUGGGACCAAUACGCAAGGCUACGUGCUAUACGAUGGUUCCUAUUUAACAUUUUUUAUGUUCUUGUCUGGUCACUGAUUGGGGUACUUGUUCCUUAUGACCAGAAACACUACUACAACCUGCCAGACCAAUCAUGGAGGAUCGUGCUCGAAGUUAUUGGCAUUGGUAUCACACUGUGGGAGAUGGUAGAGGAAGUCCGAGAAUAUCGCCACUCGAUUAAGAAAAGUGACGAAUGGAAGGAAUUCAGAAAGGACGAACUGCAAGCAGACAUGAAAUACUGCAUUAGUGGUUCAGACAGACAGUUUUUAAGUGAUGAGUUACACGAGCUUGAUAAACACAUCCCAAGAUACUUCAAAGAUUUUUGGAAUGUAUUUGACUGGGUUUGUUACGCGUGUCUUGGUGUAUGCAUUGUUUCCCAUAUUGUUGACGUUAUAAAACAUUCGGAGGAAGCAGCUAGAUUCCAUAUCAACUUCAUGGCUCUCACCCUUGUUCUGCUCUGGUUACGACUGGCAAAAUGCGCAAGGCCCUUCAAGCAGCUCGGACCAUUGAUCGUAAUCCUUGGGGAGAUGUUUGAAGAUGUUAUCCUGUUUGCCUGUCUUUAUCUACAGUUUUAUCUCCCAUUCGUGUGUGCCUAUUGGAUGGUAUUUGGUGGCGAGAAAGUGACAUAUGACACACGGUACCGCGACAACAAUACUGCCGAGUAUGUCACCGUCGAUGGUUACGAAAGCGUCGGGGGUGUCUUCUUCAGUCUAUUUAGGAUAACUCUGGUCGACGACUUUGACUAUGACACAAUGAAGUCAGUGGAUCCUAUUAUGGCGGACAUUUUAGUGGGGACAUGGUUAGCAGUAUCAGCCAUUGUUUGUUUGAACCUUUUCAUUGCUCUUCUCUCGGAUUCUUUUCAAAGAGUGUAUGAAAACGCCCACAGCAUAGCCCGGAUGCAGAAGGCCAUUGUGUGUUUAGUUUAUUGGGAUCUCCUCAACAACAAGAGUCGGAAACAGUUUUUAGAGGACAUGAAAAAGUACUGUAAUCCUCUCCAACAGGCCUACGAUGACGACGAUGGUGUGGAAGAAACGGAUGGAAAUGAAAUGCAGAAAGCCGUUGUACAGCUGCGGGAUAUAACCAGAAUCCAGAGACAAAACCAGGAUAAUCUUGUGGCUAAGCUGGAUAGUGAUUUAACAAAGAUUGACAAAGAAAUUGCCACAAUCAAGGAAUUAAUCUUUACGUUACAGUCCUCUCAGCGACCGCCUGAACAUCCUGGCUACGGAGGAUGGUAAAAUCUAUUAACACUUUUUCUUUCUCGUUUUCUAAGGUCGUCCUCAAAAAAGAAGAAGAAAAAGCGAAAGACCUCUUCAAAAGAAAAAGAUGACGAUUCCAUAGCUAGUGGUGAGACCAGUCAGACGUUACAAUCAAUACCAACUACAUCUCAAAUGAAAAUAACGGAGAUUUCUUCCAUAAAUAUGGACGACGAUGAAAACUAA